AUGAAGUUUUUGGAGGACUGCCCCAUAUAGACCCUCAUCCCUCUCUAUUUGCUAGCGGGUGGGAUCAUUGGAGCCUUAAAGGUGUCUCUCCUGCUGCAUGACUCUACCAGGAUGAGGCGGCUUGUGGCCAAGGCCGUGGUGAUUGACGACAACCAGGACGAUGAUGCAUAUCCCUGGAGGCAGACCGUGUGCAAGUAUUAUAUCCACCUCAGCCUCAGCCUCUUCCUUUUCCUCUGGUUCCUUUCGGGGAAUUACGGGGCCCUCUCCGUUUACCUGCCUGAUUUUAUUCCCCCUUUCCAGCAGCCUCAAGAUUACUGUGACAAAACCCUGUACCCCUGUGCCGUAGGAGUCCUCGUGCUCAGCCACACCAUGCUGGUCCUGCUCAUCCUGUGCAGUGGGCGUGUCUAUGUGUGGUCCAGGUGGAGAUUCGUUGUUGAUGGAGACUGAGAAUCACCCCCUCCGGCACACACAGGCACACAUUCGCGCAUGCGCAACUCCACACACUCACAUGCACACACGCGCACGUAUAUGCAAACACGCACCCACGCACACUCUGCACACUCAUGCACAAUUGCAAGAGGAGGGCACACUGUAAAGCAAUAAGACGUCCCUCCAGGCAGUGAAGAAACCACCAAAAUGCACUGCGUGUUUAUUCUAGGCAGGCUAAAGGAGCGCUUGCCUCCCUGGGCCUGGGGGAAGCCCUGUGGUUCUUUCCAGAGUGGGACUUUUGUACUCAUGAGUUUGCAGAGGCAUCUUUUUAUGUGAGGGGAUGAGGCGAGGGAGGCAAAGACUGGGAGGCUCUUUCCAGCUAUAGGCAGUUCCAAUGACCGUCACAAGAGCAAGUUUUGCUGCUGUUACUGUUGCUACUGCUGUGUUGUCAUCCAGCCGCGGGCAACCUGAAAUUGUAGAAAGGGAUAUCUUCCCAACAAGACCUAUCUUAGCUUCACUUGGGUGGCUUUGUUAUGAACAGGAGAAAGGUGCUGUGUUUAAUGACUCCGGGUGUCUUUUGGGAAAGAGCUCUCUUUCCCAGCCCCAAAUCAGACAGGUUUGAUUGGACCGGUAAGGGCAUCCCAAGGGCAGCUAUAAAGGCUGCCAAAGUCAAGGAAGUCAGUGCCCCUGGGGCUCCGGUCUGGCCCGUGAGCCUGGCGUCACGGAGGGUAGCAUGCCCUCCCCGUGUACCUUGGGGUAGUCCUACUGCAAAUUCUUUGCUUGGCCUGAGUCCGCUUCUUUCCCUGGCCAUCUGUGUACAUCUCUGUAAUGUGCUCCUGGCACAAACCAGUUUCGUGUAGGUUUUGGCCAGGUUGCAUGUGGUGUCGUUAAUGCAGGUGU